AUGACUCGCGAGCCAAAGCCUUACAACGAUCAAGAAAAGACGCUACAGUCUACUAUCUCUCCUGAUGAUGAAUUGAACUAUGCUGGUCGUCCACCAUGUUUCUGCAACACUCUCCACGAAUGUCUGUUCGUGUUAACAGUCACGAUGGCAAUAGGACAGACUGCCUUCUUUUCUGGUGCUACCAUUGGAAUUACUGCAUCGAUUGGAGAUGAUUUGAACAUGAAUUCUGCUGAAAUAACCUGGAUUACGGCUGGCGCUGCACUGACCAGUGGUGCCUUCAUAUUGACAUUUGGUAAACUUGCUGACAUGUUUGGUCGCAAGAAACUGUUCAUUGGAGCCAUGUCUGGUUUUACUUGCGCAGCAUUGAUCGCGGGAUUUGCCAGCAAUGCAAUAUUCAUGGAUGUGUUCUCCGGCAUAUUGGGCAUAUUCUCUGCGGCCAUUGUACCCCCAGCCGUAGGACAACUGGGUGUGGUCUAUGAGAAGCCUUCAAAACGAAAGAAUCGCGCGUUUGCAUGCUUCAGUGCCGGGAAUCCCCUGGGCUAUGUCGCAGGUAUGAUUGUGUCAGGAAUCGCCUCCUACGCAUACAACUGGCGUGCCUCGUUCUGGACAUUGGCUGUCAUAUACCUCAUCUUCACCGUGCUCUCUUUCUGGGUGUUUCCGGAGGACAACUUGAGGCAUAUUCCAGUCGACAGGGAAUUACUCAAAAAGUUUGACUACCUAGGAACAUUUCUGGUUAUUGUUGGAUUUGCUAGCUUUUCGGGCUCGUUUUCACUCGUCGGCGAUGCACCCCAUGGCUGGAAGACAGACUACGUGAUUGCACUCCUUGUCAUCGGUAUCGUUUUGCUCACAUGUUUUCUCUACUGGCAAUCUUUGACGGCGUACCCUUUGAUGCCUCUGUAUGUAUGGCGAGACCGGAACUUUUCCUUGUUGAUGUGCAUCUUCGGUCUUGGAUGCAUUGGGUUCGCGGGUGUGACCUUCUGGCUUGCUCUAUAUUUGCAAACUGUCAAGCAUGAAUCUGCAUUGCAAAUUGCAGCUCAAUUCCUUCCUCUAGUAGUAGCAGGGGUUCUGAUGAACGUCAUCUGCGGACUCGUCCUGCACAAAGUGAGCAACAAGCUGCUGAUGGGCAUUGGAGCAGUGGCAUUCACUGCGUGCUUUCUCAUUCUAAGCUUCAUGGAUGAUAAUUAUUCUUACUGGGCGUUUAUAUUCCCAGCCUUUAUUUUACUGGUAAUCGGUUCUGAUGUCCAAUACAACGUGACCAAUAUGUAUGUCAUGUCGUAUCUUCCUCCUGACGACCAAUCCAUGGCCGGUGGCAUCCUCAACACCGUCAACAAACUAGGCAACAACAUCGCCCUGGGUAUCACGACUUACAUCCACACAUCUCCCUACCUUUCAGUUUAUUGGUUUUCUGCCGCUGCUACUGGGAUAACCAUAUUCAUGGUUCCAUUUUUGACGAUCAAGACGCAGGGCGUUGUCGAAAGGAGCGAUUUGGAAAGUUCGCAGACGAAAUGAGUUUAGAGUGUGAGGAUGUGU